AGAGUCUCAGUCUGGUUCAGGUCUACAGGUCUACAGAGUCUCAGUCUGGUUCAGGUCUACAGAGUCCCAGUCUGGUUCAGGUCUACAGAGUCUCAGUCUGGUUCAGGUCUACAGGUCUACAGAGUCUCAGUCUGGUUCAGGUCUACAGGUCUACAGAGUCCCAGUCUGGUUCAGGUCUACAGAGUCUCAGUCUGGUUCAGGUCUACAGAGUCUCAGUCUGGUUCAGGUCUACAGGUCUACAGAGUCUCAGUCUGGUUCAGGUCUACAGAGUCUCAGUCUGGUUCAGGUCUACAGAGUCCCAGUCUGGUUCAGGUCUACAGAGUCUCAGUCUGGUUCAGGUCUACAGGUCUACAGAGUCUCAGUCUGGUUCAGGUCUACAGGUCUACAGAGUCCCAGUCUGGUUCAGGUCUACAGAGUCUCAGUCUGGUUCAGGUCUACAGAGUCUCAGUCUGGUUCAGGUCUACAGAGAGCUGAUGAAGAUGAUGAAGAUGAAGGUGAUGGUGGUCUUCGUCCUCUCUGGUGUCCUCUGUGUCUCAGCUGACGGUCUACAUGAGGACAUUAGUGUUAUUGGCUGUUCAGACUCUGAUGGAGAGUUCAUGUACGGUCUGGAUGGUGAAGUGAUGUGGUUCGCUGACUUCAAACACAAGACAGGAGUCGAACCUCAGCCCAGUUUCAUAGAUCAUAUGACUUAUGGAGAAGGAGCUUAUGAACAAGCUGUGGCUAAUCAAGAGACCUGCAAACAGAACCUGAAAAUUGAUCUUAAAGCCUACAAGGACUUCCCACUGGAACGAGAUCCUCCUUCCAGUCCGGUGAUCUACACCAGAGACGAAGCAGAACCGGGAGAGAAGAACACCCUCAUCUGUCAUGUGACUGGUUUCUAUCCUGCUCCUGUGAUGUUCUCCUGGACCAAGAACCAGCAGAACGUCACUGAAGGAAGCAGAACCAACGUUCCCUUCGUCAACAAAGACGGAACCUUCAACCAGUUCUCCUCACUGGAGUUCAUCCCACAGCUGGGAGACAUCUACGGCUGUACGGUGAAACAUCUGGCCCUGGACCAGCCGCUGACCAGGUUCUGGGAUGUGGAGGUGACUCCGCCCAGCGUUGGACCUGCUGUGUUCUGUGGAGUCGGUCUCACUGUCGGCCUCCUCGGCGUUGCUGCUGGAACCUUCUUCCUCAUCAAAGGAAACGAGUGCAGCUGAUUGGUUGAUGAUCCUGUGAUCCUGAUGACUCAUCAUGUUGUUCUCUCUUCCUCAUAACUCUGAUUCUUCUUCUUCUUAUUAUUGAAUGAAUCUGUCUUUAAAUCAGCGCGCUCUUAUUUUGAAAUAAAGGUCACAUGUGUAGAGUUGAUCAGCUAGCUCUCCUCUGAUUGGCCGAUCACAGUUAUGACUUCUGUAUCUUUAUAAUAAUCACAAACGGCUUCUUUCAUAAAGUUGAGCUCAGUCGUUGUUUCAAAGCAGCCAAUCAGAUCUUCAUGAAGCAGUGAUGUCAUCUCUGGUGGAGUUAAACCUUUUCAUUUCCUGUGAGAAAUAAAGUGAGAAAACCCUGAAA